AAAUUAUCAAUAAUAUAGUUAAACGGUGCAUUGAAGUAACAAUCAAAUUCAAAGCAAAAAGCAAAUAUACAAACAGUAUAAUAUAAUAUAUACAACAGGGAUAAGGUUUAUCUUUAAAAUCGAAUAACCAUUUUAGAAAAUAUUCAUCAAAUGCUCCAAGAAAAUUAGAAUCCUUAAUAGUUAAAUGAUGAUAAAUAAAUGCUGAUUCAUUCCAUGGCUAAAUUAUUAGAGCAUAUUUAUAAAAACAAAGAGCAUUAAGAAGAAAUAUUUUAUAGCUUCCUUGAAGAUGACCUCCAAAAACUGCUUUAAAAUAUGGAAGAUUCAAAUAUAAAGUUAAGGAAAGUAUCAGCUAGAUUCUUGUGUGAGUUGCUACACAAUAGUGUAGAAAAUUAGCACCGCUUUUGUAAUUUACUUGAUAUAACCACAAUAAGUGGAGGAAUUUGCAUUAAUUAGAUUCCUUCUAGUUUUGUUGAUAUACUGAGAUAAAAUCCAACUUUGUUUGACAUAGUUUAGAGCAAAUAAAAUUUUAUUCAAGAAAAUAUGAAAGAGUAGCCAAACAGCGAGCGUCCUCUUUGCUGGUAUAUAACUCUUCAGCAACUAUAUACACAAGAUGUUGAACCUUAAUUUUUCUACAAAAAGAAUAACUAGUAGAUAGAUGAUAUAAUUAACGACUUUUUAGAUCCUGAAACAACUAUUUUUGGAAUUUCAAUUUUUAAUAACUAAUGCCCACCACCAUCAAGCAGUUCGAGAAAUAGCUUUUGUGCAAAUAACUUGCUCGAAGAUAAUUCAGUUAACUAAAUAACUCCUCUCCCUCAUUCUAACUCAACUAAAAAUAUGUCUAACCUUAACAAAUCUAUUGAAGUAAAUACAUUCAAAAGAACUGAAACUCAUGAAAAAAGCCCUAUUAAAUAUGCUUCGCCUCAUAACUUUAAGAAAUACUCUGAUGGUAAUUUCAUGAAUUAAGUCAGAAAUUCACUUCAGGUGUAAAAUUUAUAAGGGUUAGCUAUCUAUGAUUAAAAGAGAUGCUCUAUGGAUUAAUUUGGGUUGCAAAGCGAGUAGUCAUUGGUUUCUUAGAGUUUGAAUUUUAAAUUAGACUGCAAUUUCCAUUCAUUUAACAAAUUUCGCUCUAGUCUUUCACCAAAAAAUAAUAAUUUAAGUGUAAAUAAUUCUCAACUUAGCUAAUUAAAUAAUCAAAGUUUACUGGCUAAUAAGCAACAGACAAAAUUUGUAUCUUAAAAUGGUGACAAAUAAGCAGCCUUCUAUGAUUAUAAUUUCAUUCCUCAUUAGUAAAUUAACCUCCUUGAAGGAAUAGAUAAUCUCAAUUCUCACAGAAAUAAAUAAUAACAAUAAGAACUAUCAGCCUCUGUUUCAAACAGCAAAUAGCUGAUUUCAUAGUCAAAAUAAACUAAGCACUUUAGUAUUUAGAAUGAAUAUUAAUAGUAAAAUGGCUAGGAAAUGCUAGGUAGUUAAAGAGACUUGCAAUUUUAAUCUCUUUUAGAAUCAAAUCAAUUUUAGCAAUCAACAAACUACAGAAAUUCGUAGAUAAACAGCGAGUCAUAAUUUCAAUAGCCUGAAAGCUUGUUCCAAAGUAUACUUACUUAGAAGGAAAGUAUUUCUCAUCAAACUAGUGUAAAUAGUAUCUAAAAAGGAAAUGAAUUUACAAGUAAUUCAUAACUAAACUUAAAAUAUAAUUAAUAAUAAAAUCAAAGUAAAGAAUAGAAUGAAAAUGCUUACAGAGGAUACAGCCCUUAAUUCAAAAAUUCAUCAAAUAAGGUUAAUAAAUACUUCAUUUCUCCAGAUUAAAGAAGUAAUCAACCUAAAAAAACAAAUUCUAGCAUAAGCAAAGAUCAUAAUUAUGAAUAAAAAGCCCAUAACAAUAGCGUUUCAAAUUCUACAAAUUAGUAAAAUAUUAUCAGUCAUAAUCAACCAAAUUCCCUUUACACUUAGAAUUUCUACUCUAUUAAUUCACAAUAACAACAUCACCAUAAUCAUUUAAGCACCCAUUAAUACACCAGUAAAUCAGUUGCCGGAAAAGCAAGCAAUAACUAUGGAAGUGGAAAUAUUAAUAAUUAAACAAAUUAUUCAAAACAGUAAACAACUACUCAAGGGUUAUAAUAAACGAAGAAUGGUGCAUAGAAAUAGAAUGAUGAUCCUUCCAAUUUUCUAGUUUCUUCUAAGAAUGGAAGCAUUAAUAGUCCUAACUAAAACGAACAAGGUUUAAAUAUUUUUACAAAUAGUCAAUCACAGCAUACUUAUACAAAGUCCAAGAUAAACGAGUAACAAAAUAGGCUUUAAACUUCUAAGUAAGCUAGUCUUGUUUCUUAUAAAUAAUUAAGUAAUAAUGCUAGCAACAAUGAUAGUACUUAUCUCAAGAGUGUAACAGGUUAUAAUAAUUCCAUCUAAGGAAGUUUUGUAAAAGAUUUAUACAAUAUGAAUGAAGCUUACCAAAAAACAGAAACAAAUAAUGUAGAUAAAAAUGAAUAUUAAUUUCAAGAAAAAGAAACUCAAUAAUUAAUUCCAAAUUUAAGCCAAUUUAGAACAUCUCUAGACUCCUAAAUAAAUAUCUAUUCUUCUAUCAUUUCUAACUCAAGUAACAAUGAAAUAAGGCUAUCAUUACAAAAAUCUCCUAUUUAAACUAAACCAAGAAGAACUUCAAAUGGGCAAACUUCAAUUUAACUAGAGCUAACAGAUUUAGAUUCAAAUCAUAUAAAAAAGACUAGCAAACUACAAGACAAUAGAGUCUUGCAAUAAAAAAAUGAAAUUUUAUCAUCAAAUGAUAUUUCAUCUUCUUAGAUUAAAAAUAAUCUAUAAAUGUCCCAAUCAACAAGAGAAACUACUAAUCCUUCUUCUAGCUUCUAAUUAAAUCUCCAUAGAGGCACAGCCACAAACAAUACAGAUUUUAGUAGCAAGAAUUAGCUUUCUCAAUUCAAAAAUUUGAUAUUAAAUUAAAAUGUAAAUAAUGAUUAAAAGGAGUAAUAAAAUCUGAAUCAAAAAGGGAAUCUUUAUAGCAACUGCAAAAGUACUUCUUCAAAUAUUAAUACUUAAGAUAAAAAAAAGGUCUUAAAUAAUGGACUCACUACUAGCUAAGAUCAUUUUUCUCUAAAAAAAAUUACAUAAAGUAUUACAAGUGCUUCACCAAAGUUAAAUUUAGUCAUAAGUCCAAGACAUAUAUCAUCUUAAUCAGUAAAAGAAAAUUAAAUUUAGAAUGAUUCAAAAACUAAUUAAUUAACUAAUCAACAAACAAAUUCUGUUUCAACAUCAAAUAAUUCCAACUCUUAGAACGCUUAAAAUUAAGGUUUAAAACAAACAGUAGUAAAUUCUAACAAUUCUAAUAAUCUAGAAAUCCUACAAUCAAGAAAGUCCCAUGAUCUAUGGAUGAUGAAUUACAUUAUAUAAAGCUCUAAAAGGAAAAAUUCAUAUGAUAUCACGAAGACAGGCGGAUAAACCAUAAACAAUCUUGCCAGUUAAAGUAAAGGAAUUUAAAACUAAAAUAAUAACAAUGGUAUAAAUGACAAACAGUAGAAUAAAACAUAUACAAAUAAUAAAAUAGAAUAAAACAGUAACAAGAAUAACGAAAUUAAUUAAAAUACUUCUUCAAAAGUAGACUACUUAAAAAAGAAUACUUAUCUCAAUACUAAGACAAAUGAAAAGGGUCUUUAAAUAAACACUUAAGCAAGAGCAGUCUCCCCUUCGGCAAACUUAGUCUCAUAAACUUCUAAAUACUAAAAAAGUACAACAUUAAAAGAGGAUUUUAAGUCACCAUAAUAAUCAAUUAGGAAAAAAAUGAUUAUGUGA